AUGCAGCGUCCGUUUGAAGUUGCGAUCCCAGGGGGAGGCAGCUCGACUUACGAUGCAGCUCGUCGACUGCCUCGUCCACUCUCGGUGGACGCAGCACUGCAGUUCUCGCCCAUGACGAGUGCGCCGAUAUUUGGCCUGGAUUCUAUCUUGCGGCCGGAUAUCGAGCAACCCUCACUUGCGAAUUGGGCGCGCACCUACGACUCCCACACCGCCGGCAGAUUAGUAGAUACCCUCGACAACGAAACACAAGCAAGCUCUACGGACUCGUCUUAUAUUGAGAGCGUCCGCAAGAAUAUACAUAACCUGCUGAUAGGCGAAGGUUUGGUGGGCGAUGGCCUGACGAAGAUUCAAUUUAAGGUGCCCCCGCGGAUAAGUCAACCUCGUCCCUCUCAGAAGACUCAGACACCACCAGCCAACAUGGAAUUCACUGCUCAUGAGCGGCUUGGACCUUUUGCAAAGAUGGUGCUGGAUACUACAAAUGUGCCCUAUAGAUACCCGUCGCCGAGCUCUCCCAGUCCGCUAAAGCAGGCCCCUCGUUUGAAACCGUAUCCCGUUCCAGACCAACAUGAUAGGAAUAUCCGUGAUAAUGGUAAUAAAGUGGCCUCCAAAAACCAGCUACCGGAUGUAUCGGUAAAACCUGUCAUCAUGGUUCCAGCGUUUCCCGAUCCUUCGCAACUGAGCGAGUACCAACAUAUUCCCGAGAUGUCCAAACGGCGGCCUCGGUCGCCAUCCACACAACAAACGGAAUCUGUAAAACUUCGAGACCAGAGGGAGGUGAUAAAUACUGCUGUAGCGAACCUACAGUCACUUUUACAAGAUGUAUUUGAAAGCGAGGAUGAACUGCAGCUCGAAAGCUCGCAAGACCAAGAGCAGAAUGCUAAUAAAUAUUUUUACGCCAUGGAUGCAACCGAAGAUAGCAAACCAUGUCUAUCGUCCGACGCUCAUAAGCAGCUACAGAAGGCAUUCAGAAGUGUAUCGGGGUAUGGUAAACUUGGCGAUAUACCUAAUGAAUUUAUAACGCGAGUCCAGAAACUCUGUGAAGCUCCCAUCAUGGCUGUUCAGUCUGUUGAUACUACAACAGAGAGUGACAUGUCGGAUACUAGCCUGGAAAAUUGGGCAAAACUACUUGGGGGCCUAGAGAAUGCACUGCUCGCUAUGGGUACCCUCCUUCAUACUAUGGACGGCCGUACCGAUGCUAAAGAGCUUUGCUCUGAAGACAUGAUACAGCUUAUUCCAACCGCUCUAAAUCAUAUUUUUGAACACUGUAUCAUACCAGCAGUCGAAUGCAGGCCGAAUGGCAAAGACGCGGCCAUUUUCAGUCUAUAUUCAGGCCAGAAGCAAGCAAUAUUGAACUUAACCCAACAGUCGAGGAAAGUCCUGUCUCAGCUAGGCAUUUUUCUCUCUGCAGUUGAUCUUGUUGAGGGAGCAAUCACGGCUAUGGAAUUUAUGGCAACGAAGUUAAUAUUCGUUGAGAACGCCCAUCACGAGAAAGAAUCCACAAUAGGAAUUCAGAAAUUUGAGGCAGUUAGACGUUGCGCUAUGGAUAUGCUUGCAAAGAUAUUUGCCAAAUAUGCUGAGCAGCGGUCCUUCAUCCUAGACGAGAUUCUUGUUUCUCUGGAGAAGCUUCCUUCUACCAGACAAAAUGCUAGACAGUUCAAGCUAACGGAUGGCAAAAGCAUCCAGCUACUUUCCGCGUUGGUUGUACAACUUGUUCAAACAACUGCGCUUAGAGGGUCUUCGCAAAACGCAACCAAAUCCAAGCUGUGGCCAUCCAGGCGGAACAAUAAUAGCUCAGAUGAUGACGAGUCAGGCUCUGAGGAUGAAGACGACACUUCACCGUUUAUAAGUCUUUCCAAACAGGUUGACCAGGCCUAUGAUAAUGCCGUACGCAGCGCGCAAUAUAUCACCAGAUUUAUUGUCCAGCGAGCUAUGACUUCAACGAAAACUGGCGACCAACCGUACAGAAAUAUCCUAGAUUUAUUUACGGAAGACUUGAUAAGUAUACUUGGCUCUUCAGAAUGGCCUGGCGUUGAACUUCUUUUACGUGUGCUCGCUUCUCAAAUGGUAGGGAUAGCCGAGCACGAUAAAAGCACAGCUAAUGCAAAAAAUAUGGCCCUAGAACUAUUGGGCUGGAUGGGGUCAGCAAUAUCGGAUUUGACCUCUACUGCACAACACUUAAAUAACUCAACGGACGAAGGCGAUUCUGAAUUGACGGAGUACAUAAGGCAGUUAUUCGACAAUCAUAUCGGUCGCUCAUUACAUGUUCAAGAUUUGGUCGUUCGUGAUGGUCCUUAUCGUAUCGCACUCGAGUACCUGAAUACUAAAGAUGUUGCUGGUUCACACCUCCCAAGUGCUCGUGACUACCUUCUUACGGCGUGGGCUAAGACUGCAUGCACCGUGCACUGCGAAUCCGCUCAGAACGCUCAAAACGAGGCCUUGUCUCGCGACUCUUCUGUUCGAAAGCUUGCUAUAUCAUUAAAAAGUUUGAUAUCCGAUCCCCAAUGGCUCGAGCAACAUCGUGAAUUCGAGACCAUUUCAGCCCAGCAAGCUCGAUUCGCAUAUUUGAUAGUUAUUUUAAGUAGUGGAUUCUGCAAGGCCUUCGACACCAUCGUUAAAGUCUUACUCAGCUCGAUUUCUAGUGACCAAGCAAAGGUGCGCAGUAGAAGUUUAAAAAGUGUUAUUCAUAUGCUUGAACGCGACCCAAGCUUGCUAGACCGAGACGAUUCUAUUAUGGACUUGAUUCUCAGAUGCGCAGCGGACUCCUCUCCAAUGGUCCGGGACUCCGCACUUACGCUGACCGCCCGGUGCAUAUCCCUCAAACCAGCAUUAGAGAACGAGUGUUGCCGUGCAAUCUUAGCUUGCGCUUCUGACCCAACAGUCGGUGUGCGAAAAAGAUGCAUCGGCCUGAUGAAAGAUGUAUAUGCGGCAACCUCGAAUAAAGAGUUGAGAAUCUCAGUAAUAGAGCAUGUACUAAAGAGAGUGCAAGAUCACGAAACCAACGUGGCAACUUUAGCACGGCAAGCUCUGGAAGAGCUCUGGCUGUCACCGCUUCAUGCCACGGACGGUUUCGACACACCCCAGGCUAAGGUAGCUCUCGAAGAGUUGGUUGCGCUGUUUAUCGGUGCAGUGCAACGAGGUGACGAGGUAGUGGCCAACCUUGAAUCUUUCUUCAAAACGGUCCUUCACUCCGAGUCCAAAUCAGUGUCACAAAAUUUCAAAAUAUGCAAGGCUGCGGUUGCUACUCUAUUUGAAAACGUGGUUCACGGGUCCAAUGCUGAUCAAAGGUCUCUGCAAUCGCAUCUUCGGACCUUAACGGUGUUUGCGAAAUCCAAUGCUAGACUUCUUACUCCAGGCCAGCUUGAGACCCUUCAUCCUUAUAUUGGACACCUAUCAAGCACCGAUGAUCUGCUACUCUUCCGCUCUGUGGUGGUCAUAUAUCGCUGUGUGCUUCCACAUCUUUCAUCAGCCCACAACAAUCUACUCAAAGAUAUUCAAAACGAUCUUUUCAAAAGCGUUUCCAAAUUAGCUAGGACUGAACUUAACGAAGUCAUGGCUUGUCUCUGGACCAUAAAUGGAGUUUUACAGAAUACAGAACGGCUAGUCAAGCUCACAAUAUCUGUCCUCAAAGGCAUUUAUCAAGCGUCAAAUACAAAACUUGACGCUUCCACGAGUGCCGAUGCUCUUGGCCGCGUUCGAAGCUAUAUAAGAAUUGCCGGUUGUGUCGGAAAACACUGCGAUUUGGAGAAAUACACAUCAUUUUUUACUCAGGCAUUCCCUAAAUCCAAUACUGAGUCUGUUUCUGGGCUCAUGGUAGAGUUUAUAGCUCCAUUUGCGUCCUCUGCGUAUCCUCAUGAACUAAGAAUCAUGGCCUUGGAGAGCUUGGGGUCGGUAUGUGAAACCUGGCCAGAACAGUAUGGCAAAGAGAAAGCUAGGGUUGCGUUUUCUUCUGUUUUCAAAGAAGACAACGGGGACCUUCAGGACAUUGUCCUAAAAACUUUCUUAACUUUCUUCUCUAUCCAUGAAGGCAAAUCAGAGAAGUUCAUCAAUACUGCUGAAUCAAACGGCGAGAAUACCGACACUAGCAGACUUGGAGGCUCAUUGAAAGCGAGUGCAAACGAUGGUGCAGCUGCCUUAAUCGCGCAAAAUUUCCUUCCUCAAAUGCUUCAUGCCGCCAUGUCGAAGCAGGAUUCUUUCGCAUUAACUGCGAUAGAACUUAUCGCAAGUAUUAAUCGACAAGGCCUUAUCCACCCGAAGGAAUGCGCAGGUGUGUUAGUAUCUUUGGAAACAUCACCCAAUUCAACUAUCGCGAAUACGGCAUAUGAAAUUCAUAAAAUGCUUCACCAACAACACGAGUCUAUGUUUGAUCGUGAGUAUAUGAGGGCUAUACAAGAUGCCUUCUACUAUCAACGAGACGUCAUUGGAGACUCAUCUGGCGCUUCCGCUAGGCCAUUUGCCCCAAAACUUGCUUUAUUGUUUGACAUUAUCAAACUAAGUAACAGCAAGUAUCAAAAGAAGUUUCUCACGAACUUUUGUUCUAAAGCUAACUUCGAGCUGAAGAAGUUAGACUCUUCGGGGACACCUCCUGAAUAUUUAGAGCUUACAAGAUUUGUUUGUCAAAAUGUUGCAUUCUUCGAUUACACCCAAGUUGCCGAGCUUUUGGCUGCAAUUUCUUGUAUGGAACGUAUCGUGGGAACAACUGGAACUGCUGUGGCCCAUUCCAUAGAGACUGAAUUACUCUCUGUGAAGGUGGCAGGGGUGGUUGAACAACCAGAGGGAGGACCCAACAAUAUGCCCCCCCUGAUCGACUCUGCAGUUCUAAAGCGGCUCGCUACAGCUGCUGCAGGGCUAUCAAUGUUAUGGGAAACGAGAUCUUAUUUACGCCGUCUUUACAACUUGAACUUCCACGCGCUACAAAAAGAAGGCAAAGUUGCUAUAAAAGAGUUAAACAAGCCUGCUUCAAAAGUCCCUGGAAUCUCUGGCGAUCGAUUCUGGGAGGCAGUAGCACGAAUUAUGAAAUCAUUGGACAAUGCAGAAUCGAUGACCAACAUGUGCCGUGAAUUUUCUACUCUAAUGUCGGUAGAUGAUGAACUUAAAAUUGCGGGUGAUGAGGAUCGAGGCAGCCCCGACCCGUUUGCCGAUGUAAAUGACAUGAGCAAUGUUAUUGGCGCUACAACCAGACCUGGGAAACGAAAGAGUUCUAUUUCUGGCGCCACCACCCCUAAGAAGAGGGCGAGGGGCAGGCCAAAAUUAGGAAGCAAACGCCCCAGUGACGGUUCAGACGAGGAAACCGAUAUUGACUGA